CCAUUCAAACCCGUCGCAGUCGCCUCCACCACUCCGUCGCACUAAUUCCGCCGGCCGCCUACACCAGUCCCUCCCCUCGGCCUCCCCCAAUGACCACCCUCGACGACAACGACGCCUACAGCCAGCCACCCUUCUCUCGGCCACCCGCGAUCUUCCGGCGAGCUCCCGGCGGAGCCAUUGCUGCUGUCGUUGAGCAUGUCGCGGCCCAAAGGAAGAAUCAGACUCACAGGAGCAUCAACUGCGGCGGCGAAAAUAGUGAUCUCGUUGCGGAGACACAAUCAGAAACUUGCCUCAAGAACAUGAGGAUUUUCUUCUGGGGAGAUUCCAAUAACGUAGACACAAUCAAAAACUUGUUGGAAUUGCUUGUGGUGGAAUUCCAAAGACGCUUGUGGUGGGGGUGAGAUGGUGAUGAUCUGGUAAGUUUUUGUUUUUGUUUUGUUUUGGUAUUGGUUUAUUGUUUUGUUUUAUGAAAUGGUAUAGUUUGUUUUUCAUAAUGGUAUUGAUUUGAUUUCAUAAUAGUAGUGGUAUUUAUUGAUUUUGGUAUUGGUUGACUCUUGUAAUGGUAUAAAUUGUUUGUAUAGGUAGUUUUAGUUUAAUGGUAUUGAUUUAUUUAUGCAAUGAUAUUGUUUUGAUUUCACAGUAGUAGUGAUAUUGGUUGCUUUGGUAUUUAUUUGACUUUUGUAAUGGUAUAGAUUGUUUAUAUUGGUAGUUUUUGUGUAAUGGUAUAUAUUUAUUUGUGCAAUUGUAUUGAUAUUUUUCAAAAUAGUAGGGGAAAAAAUCCAAAACUACCACUAUAAAAAAAUUACAAAAAUACCACCCAUACUCAACAAUUUCCAAAAGUACCACCCUUCCACACAAAACGCACUUCAAAGGCGCGGUUAAAAACCAAAACGUGCCUCGAAGGCGUGGUUAAUAGUCAAACCGCGCGUUCCACAGGCGGUUUGACCCUUCCUGGCUGUCAAACCGCGUUGCCACGUGGCGGUGUAUGCGACCGCGCGAUGGGGAGCGAUCUGACGGCCAAAUCGCGCGCCAGCUCAGCGAUCCGUGUCGCUCAGUCAAACCGCUCUGGGAACGUAAACCGUGCGCCGGAGGCGCGGUUUUAGGUGGGUUAAAAAGACAAAACCGCCCCUCCAGCACGCGGUUUCGUCCCUAUAUAAACCCUCUUCCCCCUCUCAUUUUCUCCACACCAAACCUCAUUCCCCCUCUCUCUCUAACUCCUCACUCUACCCACCCCCUCCCCACCCAAAAACCUUAGAAUUAGUUGUUUUGUUGGUUGCGGCUAAGUCCGAUCUGCUUUCAAAAAACUUUUUCUUUGGUUUUCACUAAAAUAACGAUCGAAUCUCUGUGUGGAUUCUGAAAAAAUGGCCGAUUUUAUCCAAGAAGAUGGUAUUUACUAUGAUGAUUAUCAAGCGGUACAUACUCAUUUUACCCAAUUGUUGUUGUUGUUAUAAUGAUUUAUUUAAUUUAUAUACUAAUUGAUUUAUGUUGUUGUUAUGCUAUCGUAGGUUGAGCCGGUUGUUGAUAUUUACAAUCAACGAUAUUAUGUUGAUCAAAGACCGAUUGAUCCGACUAUUUUAUACGAUCAAGGCAAUCAUCGUUCAAGAGACGUUUGGAACGACCACAAGGUACAUAUUAUUUAUCAUCACUUAUAAUUUGUAUUUUGUUAAAGUAAUUUAUUUGUUUAUACAAUAAUUUACUUAAUUGUUAAUCGUAUUGAUUAUUUUCAAUAAUUUAAAUCAAUACAA